AUGGACACUCUCCAGCUUUAUUGGAAGUGGAGGCUGAAUCUUUUCCAAAGCUCCAGAUCUCAGCAGAUUUGGAGAGGAUUGACGCGAUGGGUGAGGACGAUAAACCAGAGUGAGGAACUUUCCAUACGGCCCUACAUCGUCAAGAAGGAUCAGCAUGAUUACAUAGAUAACAUCUUUUAUUUGUUCAAGGAAAAGAGACAAAAGUUUGGGGCGAAGUAUGGCGCGAGAGACUGGGGAGUCUGGAGAAACGAAAAGUGGGAAAGUGAAAAAGCACAAAAGAAGGAAAAGCAAAAGGAGAGCAAAACAAGGACUGUCCACGCCAACAUUUUGUAUGACCAUACCAAAGGAGGGGAUAACCCUAACAGACACUAUGCAAACAAUAAGAUCAAAACCACAAAAUACACUCUGCUUUCCUUCCUACCGAAGAACCUCUUUGAGCAAUUCCACCGGUUUGCCAACGUGUAUUUUGUUUUCAUAGCCUUGCUGAAUUUCGUGCCCGUGGUCAAUGCUUUUCAACCGGAGCUGGCUCUUGCUCCAGUGGUUUUUAUUUUGUCCGUUACCGCUAUCAAGGAUUUAUGGGAGGAUUACAGGCGACACCGCUCAGAUAAAGAAAUAAAUCAUAUGGACUGUCUCGUUUACUGCAGGAGUGAAAAACGGUAUGUGGAGAAAUACUGGAAGGAGGUGCGGGUUGGAGACUUCAUUCGUCUGCGCUGCAAUGAGAUUCUGCCGGCGGACGUUCUCCUGCUCAGUAGCAGUGACCCGGACCGUCUGUGUCACAUUGAGACAGCCACACUGGAUGGAGAAACCAACCUCAAGCAGAGGCAGGUGGUGCGCAGCUUCAUCGACCUGGACUGUGAGUUUGACCCAUUAAAAUACAACAGCGUUAUUGAAUGUGAGAAGCCAAACAAUGACCUCAACAGAUUUCGAGGAUACAUAAUUCAUCGCAGUGGGAGAAGAGACGGCCUGUACAAAGACAAUCUGCUGCUCAGGGGCUGCACCAUUCGCAACACAGAGGAGGCUGUAGGAAUCGUCAUCUAUGCAGGUCAUGAGACAAAAGCAAUGCUGAACAACAACGGCCCUCGUUAUAAACGAAGCAAACUGGAGCGGCAGAUGAACGUAGAUGUGUUCUGGUGUGUCAUCAUCCUUUUGGUCAUGUGCCUCUUUUCCGCCAUAGGACAUGGCCUGUGGAUGUUUCAGUAUGGAGAUAAGAGGCCUGUCUUUGACGUCCUCAGCCCAGAAGGAACAGACUUAUCUCCAGUGGUUUCAGCCAUUUAUCUCUUCCUUACCAUGAUUAUAGUAUUCCAGGUGUUGAUCCCAAUCUCGCUGUUUGUUUCCAUUGAAAUAGUGAAGAUAUGCCAGGUGUACUUCAUCCAUCAGGACUUGGAGCUUUACGAUGAGGAAACAGACUCUCACCUGCAGUGCAGGGCUCUGAAUAUCACUGAAGACCUUGGCCAGAUGCAGUACAUUUUCUCUGAUAAGACCGGAACGCUCACAGAAAACAAGAUGGUGUUUCGCCGUUGUACUGUGGCAGGAGUAGAGUACUCGCACGAUGCAAAUGCAAGGAGACUUGCUAUGUACCAGGAGGUGGAUUCAGAGGAGGAGGACUGCACAUCUCAUGGUGGGACUCUUCCACGGCGGGACAGCGUCGCUAGCCACCAGAGCGGAAAAGUAGUGUUGCGAUCACAAAGCACCAAAUCUCACCGUCGCACCGGGAGCAGAGCUGAAGCCAAACGGGCCAGCAUUCUAUCCAAACACACUGCCUUCAGCAGCCCCAUGGAGAAGGACAUUACUCCGGAUCCCCAGCUGAUGGAUAAGGUGAAUGAGUGUAGCAGUCAGAUGGAGUUCAUGCGUUUUCACAGUCAGUCCUUGAAUCAGAUCCCGCCUGACCUGUGUGACGUCUUCGACUUCUUCAUCGCUCUCACUAUCUGCAAUACUGUGGUUGUUUCUUCACCAAAUCAACCCCGGCAGAAGGUGCGCCGCUUUGAGCUGAAGUCUCCCGUGAAGACGAUCGAGGACUUUAUCAAGCGCUUCACCCCGAGCCGCUUGACCUCCGGCUCCAAUAGCAGCAGCUCCUCCAGUCUGGCCACCAACCGCUCGUCCUCACAUAAACUGGGUUGCAGCAUGCUGUCCUCCCCAUCAGCUGAAAACACACUCACCAAACUGAAUGAGGAGAAGCGGCAGGAAAAUGAUCUACAGCACGCUUUCAGCCCCGUCCCGCCAAACUUUGAUAAAUCCAAAGCUUUGGCUCAGGAUGAAUGUGAACUCAGGUUUGAAGCAGAGUCUCCGGAUGAAGCCGCUCUGGUUUAUGCAGCUCGGGCUUAUAAGUGCGCUCUCGUUGGUCGUUUGCCUGAUCAGGUGACUGUUGAGCUUCCACAUUUGGGAAAGUUGAGCUUCGAGCUUCUGCACACCUUGGGGUUUGAUUCCACAAGAAAGAGGAUGUCGGUGGUGGUUAAGCAUCCACUGACUGAGCAGAUCACAGUCUACACUAAGGGUGCCGAUUCAGUUAUCAUGGAUUUGAUCAGACCAGCUACAGAUGAUUGCAAAGGAAAGCGACAAAGGAAAAUCUUGUAUAAAACCCAAAACUACUUAAAUCUAUAUGCUGCAGAUGGUCUGAGGACGCUCUGUAUCGCUAAAAAGGUGCUUAGUAAGGAGGAGUAUGCUAGUUGGCUACAGCACCACCUGGAGGCAGAAACAGCCAUACAGAGGAGAGAGGAGCUGCUAUUUGAGUCUGCAUUACGACUUGAGACCAACCUCCAACUUUUGGGAGCAACUGGUAUUGAGGACAGACUUCAAGAUGGGGUCCCCGAGACCAUUGCCUCUCUGAGGAAAGCCGGCCUACAGAUCUGGGUGCUAACAGGGGAUAAACAAGAGACUGCCAUCAACAUUGCCUACGCUUGCAAACUGCUGGACCCAGAGGAGGAGAUCAUCACUCUUAAUGCUGACUCACAGGAGGCCUGUGCUAGGUUGCUGGAGAACAGUCUGCAUUAUAUCCAGGCAAAGUUUCUCUGCGACCCUCGAGCAGGUCCUCAAGCAGCAAGAGACUACGCUGGCAUCCACUUCUCUUCUCCUGUGUGCUCUCCGACCUCCUCCGGCCACUCCGGCCCCUUCCUGGUGCACCGGCUGGGCCUGGUGAUCGACGGUCGCACCUUGGCCUAUGCUCUAGACAAGAGUUUGGAGGACAAGUUUCUGGCUGUGGCUCGGAGCUGCAGGUCUGUCCUGUGCUGCCGCUCGACGCCCCUGCAGAAGAGCAUGGUGGUCAAGUUGGUGCGCAACAAGCUCAAGGUCAUGACGCUAGCCAUAGGUGAUGGAGCCAAUGACGUUAGCAUGAUCCAAGUGGCUGAUGUGGGAGUGGGGAUCUCUGGACAGGAGGGCAUGCAGGCAGUAAUGGCCAGUGACUUCGCCCUGCCACGGUUUCGAUAUCUGCAGAAGCUGCUCUUGGUUCAUGGACAUUGGUGUUACUCUCGUCUUGCUAACAUGAUCCUUUAUUUCUUCUACAAAAAUGCUAUGUUUGUCGCCCUGAUCUUCUGGUAUCAGUUCUACUGUGGGUUCUCUGGGUCAGCCAUGGUGGACCAGUGGUACCUGAUCUUCUUCAAUCUGAUGUUCUCUGCAUUCCCUCAGCUCAUCACCGGCACGCUGGACAAAGACGUGUCAGCAGAAACACUUCAGGAGCUGCCGCAGCUCUACAUGAAUGGACAAAACUCAGAGGAAUAUAAACCCUACAUGUUCUGGAUGAACAUGAUUGAUGCCUUCUACCAAAGCCUCAUCUGUUUUUUUAUCCCCUACUUUGCUUAUAUUGACUCUGAUGUGGACUUGUUUACGUGGGGUACUCCCAUCACUACCUUGGCACUCUUUACUAUUUUGCUGCACUUGGGUAUCGAAACCAAAACCUGGACAUGGAUGAACUGGGUGUCGAUUGGCUUCAGUAUGGCCCUGUUCUUCACUGUGGCGCUGUGCUAUAACGCCUCCUGCCCAACCUGUUUCUCUCCAUCCAACACCUACUGGACCAUGCAGAGGCUGCUGGGAGAUCCGCUCUUCUACCUGCUGUGUGUCGUCACACCCGUCGCCGCUCUUCUGCCCAGAUACUGUUAUAGAGCUUGUCAGGGAACUCUAUUCCCAAAUCCUGUCCACAUGGGAAGACAACUGGACAAACUUCCAGUGGAGAUGCGCAGACUGGUCCUGAGUCAGAGCCAGAUGAAGCUGGGCUCCCUUGGGUCACUCUUCGCCCCUCGUGCCCCAUUUUUCCCCCUUUGUAGGCCUUUCCAGAAAGACUACCGGCCUAAAGUAAAGCAAAGCCACGUGAGCGGCACCAAACCAAAGGAGAAAGCUCUCGCCAGCCCCAUCCCAUCAAAGAACGUGGAGAUGCGGGACACCCCGUUAAGCUCAAAGAACUCAGACAACCAUAUCAAACUCAACUUCAGAAAGCAGGACAAAGCUCAGUCCUGCCGACAGGCCUCAGACGGGGCCGUCUCAGAGAACUUAUGCUACGUGAAGGAACAUUUGAGUCCCAUUACAGGCACUCUGCCAUACACCAAAGACACUCCUGCAUCCAGGACACUUUUAGAAAGCACAGGACUGGAGGUCCCGCUGAGCCCAACAGGCCUACUGCUCUCCUCCACUCCUCUGCUUCCGCAAACUGAGACUAUGCAGCUCACCUCGCCACCCGCUAGCUGCUUUUUGGCACAAAAGCUAAACGACGAGGAGCUUUCUAACCAAAAAUCCCUACUAAAACAAUCCCGGGAAGGGGAUCGCAGCUGCCUAACAGAACAUUCACUCAAAACUACAUUUCUAUGAUGCUUUCUACCUGUUACGCUGAUUCCAAUUUGCACGUUAGCUUUAAGAAAUGUUAUUAUAUAUUCAUGAUUAUUUUAUGAAGAUAUAGGUUUGGUACUACAUAUAUAGAUAUAUAUUUUAGAUGUAUAAAGUUUAGAUUAAAGGUUGUUCUGUUUUUUUUGAGAGAUUGAGUGAGUGAGUGUGGCUAGCAUACGCAAACUGGAUGGUCUUAUUUUACUAUGACUGGCUUUUUUCUUUUUUUCAUUUCUUGUUUGGAAACCAUCUCAAAAGUGGAGGAGGUUUGUUUCUCCAAGCAGAAGCAGUCCAGAUACAUUCCUUUAUCUGUUUAUUUGGACCUGGAUGUUCUGGCGCACUUUAAAGAGCCUUCCUUUCCUACCUGUUAGACACUGCUGAUAGCACUACACUCGUACUUCCUCAUCCCAGAACCAAAAACAAAACAGAAUAACGGUACCCUUCACAGUCAGUAGCUAAACAAAUUCCUGAGAUCCUUUGCAAAAAGUGUGCUUGAGGAAUCCUGAACUAAUAUUUGCUUUUAGAUUAGAUCAAGAACUAAACUGCUUGAAAGUUCACUCAAAAAUAGAAAUGUCUUCAUUUACAUUCAUUACAUUGGUCUUUAUUACAUUUGUGAAAUUUACAGCCAUUAACUUAGUACAAUAGUACUUUUGGAUUCUACUAAGGUUGUCAGGGGCUGAUGCCAUUCUUCUAAAUUUCUUUCUUUUGUUGAACACAAAACAAGACAUUCAGAAAAAUAGCAGCAGCCAUUGAAAAUCCUAAGUAGGAACCAAAAAUACUAUGGAAGUCAAUGGCUGCUACUUUCCAACAAUUUUAGUAUAUCUUCCUCUGCGUUCAAUAGAAGAGAAGAAGAACUAUCCCUUUAAUAACUACAUUUUAGCACAUAUUUUAUCCAUUUGUGAUGCAAAAAAAGAGACGUGACAAACCCUUCUCUGACUCAAACAUCAUUUAUGUAUUUACGUAAUUCAGGCUUUAAAUUAUUGGAAAACUUAAUAAUCAUGUUUAAUUAUAUCCAUGAAUGAUCUCAUUUAUAAUCCAAUUAAAACACAAGUUUAUCACAUUUUAGAAAUAGUCUUGGUCACUUUAAAUAAUUUUUUAUACAAUCAGUCUGAGAAGAUUGUCAUUUAGUCAGCCUCAAGUUGUUUGUCGUCUGCUGAAAGAUAAUAUUGUGAAGAAUGUGGAUAACCAAAUCAAUGUCUGUUUGUCCCUGAUCAUUUUCAUAGUAUAAAACAACGAAAGUUAAGGCCAGCAAUGGAAAUCCGCAUUGUUCAAAAAUAAAAAUGUCUUCAUUUACUCACAUAUUUGUGAAUUUCUUUCUUCUGUUGAACAUGAAACAAGACAUUCAAAAGAUUUUCAGCCUUUGACAACCUGAUUAGGAACCAAAAACUUCCGUAGUAGGAAGUCAAUGGCUGCUGCUUUCCAACCUUUGUGUUUAAUAGAAGAGAAGGACAUUUUUGGAUAAACUAUCCCUUAAGGAAAUAAAUAGUAAUAUAUUCUAUCGAUUUCUCUUACAAAGAAAACAAAAAUGUGACGUGACAGACCCUACUCUGACUCAAACAGCAGUUACGCAUUUAUAAUUCUGGAUUUAAAUUAUUGUGAAACGUAAUCAUGUCCAUGAAUGAUCUCAUUUACAAUCAAAUUAAAACACAAAUGUACUAGUUUUAGAAAUAGGCUUUGACCACUUUAAAUUAUUUGUUAAUCAAUCUGAGAAGACUGUCGUUUAGUCAGCCUCAAGUUGUUUGU